CAGCCCACGGCGGUUUCUUUUGAACGCCUCAGCUGCUGCCUUUCUCAUGGAGUUCAUGGACGGCCCGCCGCGUUGUGCCCGGCCUGUCUUGACAGGUGUUGUAGCCUAUGUUGAAGUAUGGUCAUCCAGCAGAACAGAAAACUACUCUAAAGUUUUUACUCAACAACUUAUUGAUAUGGGAGCAAAAGUUUCUAAGACUUUCAACAAGCAAGUGACUCACGUAAUCUUUAAAGAAGGACUCUCCUCCACAUGGAACAGAGCUCAGAAGGCUAGGAUUAAACUAGUAUCAGUGCUUUGGGUUGAAAGAUGCCGAGAAGCUGGAGCACAUGUUGAUGAGUCACUAUAUCCUGCAAUAAAUACUAAUGAAGGGUUACCUCAAUUUAUUAAAAAGCACAAAUGCAUGCAGCCCAAAGACAUUGUUAGAAAAACUCCAGAAAAUGACAGGAGACUACAAAAAAGGAUUGAUGUUUUGACUAAAGAGUUAGCUAUACAAAAAGCAGCAAUAGAGCCAGAUACACCAGUUUUGUUAUUUGAAGAUGAUGGUUCAUUAGUCUACAGCCCAGCAAGUAAAAUAAAGAAUAUGUGCAGUGCAAUGGAGAAAAGGAUAAAAGAAAUGAAGGAGAAAAGAGAAAAUCUUUCCCCUACGGCUUCACAGAUGGCUCAGGGAUCUGACGCUAGUUCUAAUCCAGCAAUGCAUGAAUCAGUUCUUGUUUCUACCAGUUCAGCUUGCGCAUUGUCAUCAGGAGAGAGCAGUGACGAUUUAAACUCAAGUUUCACUAACUUUUUUGGAAAUUCUAAAAGCAAGAAGAUGAAAAAGGAAUCUAGCAAAUGUGUGCCUGAAGUUGAAGGAGCUGGAGAAGUGCUAGGGAGUUCUCCAGUUUACACAGGUGGCUCCAAACACACAACUCCGAAAGAAUCUAGCGGCAAACAUUUAAGAAAUACAUUUUGCUUGGAAGAUGGCUUGCUUCCCACAAUGGCAAAAGUUGAAAUGUCCUCUGCAGAGAAACACAGUGAAAUUAAGGAUUGCUUUACAGCUAAGACUGGAAGUCACCUUUUCCAGACACACAAUGACCACAGACUGUCUUCAGAAAAACUGGACCACUUGGAAUUUGCUGAAAGUAGCAGCAACUGUCACAUAAAUUCAGAAAGUGAGCUACCUUCAGUUAAUCAAAGUCUUUCUCUGGUAACUGAAUGUUCUUCCACUGGCAGAAAGCCAAGGAAACUGAGGAGGAGAUCACGUAAGAGUGAUUCUCAGAAUGACUUCUUGAAAUCAGUCCUCACUCCUGUUAAGUGUGCUAAAGACCAAGAUACUUCUUUUGAAGAUUAUUUUUCACCUUCUAACUGUACUAAGACUAAAAGUAGAUUUAGCCUUCCUUUUCAAUACCUGGAGAAAUCACAGAGUCCUGAGCCAGUGUUGCAAGGGUCAAGUAAAAAGAGGGAAAGGGUGGCUGAGAUUAAUGAGAAUACUACAAAUAGUGACAGCAUGCUUUCUGUACUCGCUUGGAAUAAAGAAAGUGAAACUUUAAAGUGCAUGUCAAAAAGGAAAAAAGGAGACACUGAAGAGACCCCAGACUGUCUUCCAAAGCCCAGCAUCCAGGAAAAGAUUUCUACACCCAGUAUAAAUAGAUGCUUUCCCACAACUGGUGGUAACAAUUUGUCCAUGGGCGAUGUCAAAGAUAGUUCAUGUGACCAAGUGAAUGAGCCUAGUGAGAAAUUAAUGAGUACUGGGAGACUCAAAAAGCCACCAAGAACAUUGGUCAUGACAAGCAUGCCUUCUGAGAAGCAGAAUGUGGUUGUUCAGGUGGUGAAGAAGUUGGGAGGCUUUCUGUUUUCAGAUGAAGUGUGUGACAAUACAAGCCAUGUGAUUGCAGGGAGCUCCCGUCGUACUUUAAACAUAUUGAUGGGAAUUGCUCGCGGCUGUUGGAUUCUGUGUUACGAAUGGGUGUUGUGGUCACUUGAAUAUGGCCACUGGAUAUCUGAAGAACCCUAUGAACUCUCUGUGGAUUUCCCUGCAGCCCCAGUAAGUAAUACAUUAUUUACUUUUUAA